AUGGACAUCACCAACCAGACCUACGAGAGCAUCCUGGUGGCUUCGCGUCCCGCACCGCGCCGGGCGCACAGCGAGGAGCUGCCCCCUCCCCUGCCCCUUAAAAACCCCACCCGGGGCGGCCCCCGCUCUAAGCACAGCCCCACGGCGCGGGGGCUCUGGAGGGCACAGCUCUGCCCCCCCCCGGCUGCCAGCACCCGCAGCCCCCCCGAAGCGCGACGGGCGGCGUAUUGGGAGACGCGCUCCGAGACGGAGAGCGGAGGAACGCGGAGGGGGACGGAGCUGAGCGGCCCCUCCCCCGGGCAGCCCCCGCCGGGUGCUGUGACUCCCGAUGUCACUCCCGUCAAGUUUGGCUCUGAGAGCACCCGCUCGUACCGGCGCAUCAGCGGCGUGGUGGGCAAAGCCACCCCUCCCCAGAGCCCUGAGGACCCCACACCCAGCAAGGUGCCCCCCGUGCCCAUGCCUCGACGCUUCGCUCCGGCCAAGGGGAGGCAGAAGAGGGUGAAGGCGGUGGUGGACUGCAAGGGGGACAAGGCACGGGAGCUGACCUUCUCCAAAGGGGAGGUGAUCGUGGUGACGCGGGAGGAGGACGAGCAGAGCUGGGUUGGCUUCAUUGAAGGCGACGGCUCCCGCACCGGUGUCUUCCCUGCCAGCUUCGUGCACCUCCUGCAGGACUGACUGCAUCCCCAUCGCCUGCUCCAUCCCCACAGGGUUGGUGGCACACAGGGUGGGCUGUGGCCAUCCUCAGUCCCCUCUCUGCUGCCAUCCUCUCCUCCUGGCAUCGGGUCCAUGACAUGGCACCGUGCUGGAUGCUGCCCUCCAGGGGGACUUGGGGACCCCUGUGUUGGGAAGACCCCUCUGGAUGGCGGUUUUGGAGAGCCCAAGGGCUGCCACCCCCCCUGUGGCUGUCGGGCAGAGAAUGGAGAGGCUUGCUGCACUGGUGGCAUAAGGUUUGUGGGCUCGGCCCAUCCCAGGGCUGCAGGGAUUUGGGGCUGGGGGCUGCCCUUCACCCUCCUUUCCUUGAGGGGGGAGAUGGAAUGCGGCCCCCAGUCCCCAUCCUCCAGGGGGCAGCUGCCGUGUGCCACCUCUACCAUAACUGUGAAGUGGUUGCAAUUGGUAGGAAACAAGAUCAGGCUUUUCUCCAUCAUUUUAGGGAUUUGAGGGGGGGGGGGGGGGGGGGUUGCAGCUACAGCCUGCCCCCACCGCCUGUCUCUGAGAGCCCUCCAGGGCAGCAGGGCUGGAAGUGCCUUAACACCUCUCCAAAACCCCCACCAACCGUCCUUUAGGUGGGUGCUGGUCACCGCCUGGCUGUGGGGAUGUCAAGGUUGGGGGGAAAUGAGGGGUGCUCCAUGGGGGCCCUGCUGCAGCUGCUUUCUGGGACCAACGUUCCCCCAUCCCUGUGAUUUAUCCUCAUCCCCCGGACGUUUCAUCUCAAAGAAAGAAAACUUUCUGUGUUUGUUUGUUUGUUUUUCAUGUUUGCUCUCUCUCAUUUCUAAUAAAAC